GCCUAGUUUUUUUCAAAGAAAAUUAUUGUCAUUAUUCAUCAUUUGUUGGUGCAGUAAUGAAUUAAUUGAUAUUUAUCGGGAACGUAUAUAAUUCUGAUUCAUGUUGAUUUUAGAACUUGAUAAAAUGAUCACAUGGAUGCCGUUUAUACUUUUACUUACAAUUCUGUCAUCGGCACAAGGAUCACAUAGUGCGUUGACUAACAACGAUCUCUUGGAGAAUGAUUCACGUUUCAUAUCAUAUCAAGAUUUAAAAGUAUCUACAAAACGAUUUUACGAUCCCGACACGACUUCAUAUUCACAAAUGUUAUUCGAUGUAGCACGAAGUCAAGUGAUCGUGGGUGCAAGAGACACAAUCUAUCGUUUGUCCUUCGAUUUGGAAUUAUUGGAACGUUCAAAUUGGUUUGCAGCGCCAGAACAGAUUGCCAUGUGUCAGGCUAAAGGCCAAUCAGAGCAUUUGUGCCGUAAUUACGUGCGCGUACUGCAGAGCUACGGUGAGAACCAAUUGUAUGUGUGUGGGACGCAUGCCUUCAGCCCGAACUGUUCAUGGCGCCAGAUGGAAAAUCUAACAAUCACUGGUAUCGAUAAUGGUAUAGGAAAAUGCCCCUUCAAUCCCACUUCGAAUAUAACAACUUUAAUGUCCAGCAAUGGCAAAAUGUUUGUAGGCACUGCAACUGAUUUUUCUGGCAGUGAUGCAGCAAUUUUGCGUACUGACGUUAAACCCAAUGAGCCAUUGUACAAUAGCAAAAUCUUACGUACUAAACAAUACAAUAAUAAUUGGUUAAAUAAUCCACAAUUUGUUGGCAGCUUUGAGUCUGGAAAUUUUGUAUAUUUUCUGUUUCGUGAACCGGCAGUGGAAUACAUCAAUUGUGGCAAGGUUGUUUACUCACGAAUAGCACGCGUUUGCAAGAAUGAUGCUGGAGGUGAUCAAAUGUUAAAAGAUAAUUGGACUUCAUUCCUCAAGGCGAGAUUAAAUUGUUCCUUGCCUGGAGAAUAUCCAUUUUACUUCAAUGAAAUACAAGGCAUGGCUUAUUCUGCUGAUGAAGACAUACUAUACGCUACAUUUACCACUCCAGAUAACAGCAUAUAUGGUUCAGCAGUUUGUGCCUAUAACAUGAGUGCAAUAAAUGCAGCAUUUGAGGGAAAUUUUAAACAUCAAGAACAUAUUGACACUGCAUGGAAGUCGGUUAAGGUACCACAUCGUAAUCAGUUUCGUUGCGAAGAACCUGCAACAAAUACACGAUACAAACAAUUAUUAGAAUCAUCCCGCUAUCAACUUAUGGACCUAGCAGUGCAACCAAUGACUGAUCAACCUUUAUACCAUGGUAAACUUGAACGUUUUCAGCAUAUUGCAUUAGAUGCAGUCCAUACCAAAACAGAAAAGUUGCAUGUACUUUACUUAUCAACGCAGCAAAAUUUAAUUAAAAAACUGUCAGUUAAGCAUAACAAAGAUCAUCAUACUGCACAAACAUGUGAGGUUGAAGUAUGGCAAUUGGAAGGUUCUAAAAAUGGUCAUUCGAGAGAUAUAUUACAUAUGGAAUACCUUAAGGUAAAAGAUGCUUUAUAUGUGGGUACAGAAAAUGCUUUGACGCGCAUCCCAUCACAACAUUGCAAUCGUCAUGUAUCUCGUAUAAGUUGUUUAAAUGCUAUGGAUCCUUAUUGUGGUUGGAAUGAAUUUAUCGAACAAUGCACACCAUACGAUCCAAAGCCUCAUACAGCCCGAUAUUGGAUACAGAAAAAAUAUCUAGACUGUCCUAUAUUGACUACUCCGAUAGAUGGUGCUUGGUCUGCUUGGUCAAAUUGGGAAAAGUGCAAGAAUUAUGAAGAUGAAGAUGGCAAUUGUUUGUGUCGAAAACGUGAAUGCAAUAAUCCACAACCACAAAAUGGAGGCAAAACAUGUUCGGGCAUAAAUACAGAAGUAACUAAUUGCACAGUUCAUGGCGGCUGGACUGAAUGGUCUGCUUGGUCGUCAUGUUCUCAAACAUGUGGCGUUGCUAUUAAAACUCGAAGACGUAGUUGUGGAAAUCCAAAACCUGCACAUGGUGGGCGCACUUGCGGUGGCCCAGAACAUAACGAAAUGUACUGUCAACAUUUACCACCAUGUCCAAUAGCUAAACCACAGGGAGUCGAUGGCGGUUGGGGUCCUUGGGGUGAUUGGAGUGAUUGUACAGCACAAUGUGGUGGUGGAUUUCGCAUACGACGACGUGAAUGCAAUAAUCCAAGUCCACAAAAUGGUGGGCAAGAAUGUGCUGGUUGUCAUACUGAUUAUGAAAUCUGUAAUAUACAUGAAUGUGCAGAAGUGAAGAAACUUAGUUCUUGGACACCUUGGUUGGUGCAAAAUAAUGAAACUAAAGAUGGUACACAUGUGGAGCGGCGUUUUCGUUUUGCUUGCAAAGCAAUUACUAUGGAUUCAAGCUCAUUACGCAUAACUUUAGCAAAGGAAGAGUCACGGGUAUGUCGUGCUGAUGGUAGUUGUCAGCGGCAUGCAAAUGAAGAAGAAGUACCAGAUCACGUACCCGAAUGGGGACCGUGCAGCGUUUCUUGCGGGGGUGGUACACAACAUCGCUUAGUUGAAGGUAAACAACAUCGUGGAAGACAUUCACAGAGUCGUAUAUGUAACACGAAUGCAUGUCCAAUUUCUGCCAAUUUGAACGAAGUGAUUUUGGCACAUGAGUGGAGUUGUUGGACAGAUUGGUCACCUUGUUCAGUUUCUUGCGGUGUUGGUAUAAAAAGGCGUACACGCAAAUGUUUAGGUGGACAUGAGAAAUUGUGUAAUGGCCGUGCGGUAGACGAAGAAAAAUGUGAAAUGCGACCAUGUGAAGAUUAUUUGGGUUGGAGUGAUUGGAGUGAAUGGUCAGAUUGUUCAAGUGAAGGAAUUCGUUUCAGACAUCGUAAAUGUAUAGUCGAAGCGCCAGAAUCUGGUGAAUGUCGAGGAAAUGAAUUUGAGAAAACUGCCUGUGUGCCAGGAUUUUGUGAAGGCACUCAAAUGGCUUCAAGUACUACACUGGCCACUAUUAUAGCACUUGUCAUCCUUCUCUAUGUUUUAACCAUUUUUAUGACUUUCUGGUUUACUAGACGACAUUUUAUGCCACAAGUUCCUGUGCUAAAAAACAAUACACCAACAUCGAGUUACGAUUCGUAUCCAAAUCAAUAUUCUAGCCUGCCAACAAAAGACUACGAUGUACGUCCUAAGGUUAAACGUCAGAGUAGUUUUACAGCAUGUUCACCAUCUAAACACCUGAAUACUGGGACCUUAAAUCGUAAUAAUAUGAACCACAAUCACACUCCAAAGGUGCUUGCCAAAACCUAUAACGACUGCGAAACGGGCACUUUAAAAAGGAACUCCCAUGCAUUAAAUAAUUACCGCACGAACAUUGAUGACGAGAAGUUUUAAUUCAGAGUAUAGUUUUAAUGAAUACUACAUAAACUUACUGCCUUUAAAUGUAUUUCCAUUUAACAACUAUUUAAGUAUCUCCUUGUGCCAUUACUGCCAAGAAGUCUAUAGGACAAAAAUUUUACCUAUUUUCGAUAUUCGUGAAAUUUGUUAAUUUUUGUUGGCUUAAUUUAACAUU